AUGGUGUACUCCGCUGUCCGCGUCAAGGUCUUCGCGGCCGCUCUCCUUGCCUCGACGGCCGUCACUGGACUGCAGCUCGACGCCUUUGAGGUCGUCCAGCGUGAUCACGUGGGCUCACCCGCCGCUCGUGCCGUCGGCGCCUACGCUCAGGGCCAGGAUGUGCGCCGUGAUGACGUCUUUGACUCCGCCAACAAGUUCGAGGUCCGCCAGGCCAAGGGCAAGAAGGCCAACGCAGGAGGCAACGCGGCUGGAGGCAACAUCAACGCUGCUCAGGGCGGUGGCGCAGGUGCGGGAGGCGCCGGAGGCGCCGGAGGUGCUUAA